AUGGAGGUUGUAGUCCCAAGAAAAGAACAGUCAAAAACUCAGCAAACUGAGGAUAGACUGGAAUUGUCCAGAUGCUCAAAAGUUUACGGAACUUUGAAGAGAAAAGCAGAAGAAAUCCCCGAGCAUGGUGAUAAGAACUCCAAACUAAAAGGGGAAGAAGCUAUGAUCUAUUUAAACAAGAAUAAUGAAGUAAGAGUGCCUAAAAAGAAGAGAGGGGUUCGAGAAAUCUGUAAGUUUGAUAAUACAAAACCAAAAACGAAAGGAAAAACUUGUUCACUGAGGACAACAAAACUACCGUGCAAGAGAAGAGAUGAGACACAAAAGCUAACUGUCUCAAACAAGAAAAGGAAAUAUGAAGAUGACCUCUUGAAUGAUGAUUUAGAAGAUGAAGAAAUGCUUAUUCUUUUAAAGGCAAAGACCAGGAGCAGAGCUAGAAGAAUGAAUAAUGUGAAGGAUGUUGAACAAAAGCCCAGAAAUUGUCAUCAAUGCAUGAAAAAGGGGAGAACAAUUUUUGUGCCUUGUACUAAAUGCCCGAACAUGUACUGUAUGCAAUGUGUUGAUAAAUGGUACCCUGAUAUGUCAGUAGAAGAAAUUGCAGUAAGUUGUCCGUUUUGCCGGAAAAAUUGCAAUUGCAAUGUUUGCUUGUGUUCAAGAGGAAUGAUUAAGACAUCUAACAGGGACAUGACUGACUAUGAAAAAGCUCAUUAUCUGCAUUAUAUGAUUAACUUACUCCUACCAUAUUUGAAACAAAUUUGUCAUGAACAAAGUGAAGAGAAGCAGAUUGAAGCUACAAUACUAGGAAAAUCUUCUUUUGAGAAGGAAAUACCCCAAAGUUUUUGUGGCAACUACGAACGUGUCUAUUGUGAUCAUUGUGCUACUUCAAUUAUUGACCUUUAUCGAAGCUGCCCAAAUUGUUCCUAUGAACUCUGCCUUAGUUGUUGUCAAGAAAUACGUGAUGGAAGCAUUUCACCCCGGGUCGAGCAGAAGUUCGCAUAUGUGAAUAGGGGCUACGAUUAUAUGCAUGGUGGGGAUCCUCUACCUGAGUCUAGCGAUUUAGGGGCAUCAGAAUGUCAUACCAAGCUAUCUAUUGUGUGGAAUGCUAAGAGUGAUGGAAGCAUUAGAUGUGCACCAAAGGAGUUGGGGGGUUGUGGUAGGGCUGUAUUGGAGCUGAGACGUGUCCUCUCAAGUGGGUGGAUAUCUGAGUUGGAAGUCAAAGCUCGCAAUAUGCUGAAAAUUUGGGAAAAUGAACAUACAACUCUUCAGCAAGAAGAAGCUGUAUCAAGCUACACCUCGUCGAGAAAGGAAGCUAUCAGAGAAGAUAUAAAUGAUAAUACCAUGGACUGUUCAGAGUCAAGUAACAUCCUAAAAGAAAGGUUGUUACUUUUCCAAAAGCAUUGGUCCAAUGGUGAACCAAUUAUAGUUCGUGAUGCCCUUAAACAGGGGACUGGUCUGAGCUGGAAGCCGAUGGUAAUGUGGCGAGCCUUAUGUAAAAAUAUGGUUUCAGAAGUCAGUUCAAACAUGUCAGAAGUGAAAGCCAUUGAUUGCCUGGCUAAUUGUGAGAAUGCCAAUAGAAUGCUUUUAUACUCCCUAGUAUCAUUUAGUGCAUCAUGUAUAAGGCAUGCCCGAUUAGCUUUAGAUUCCUCAUAUUGUAGAGCUUCAACUGCCAUCUUAGUAUUUCAUCUUCCAAAUUCCAGUGUAAUAGUUUUAGCUUGUAUCUCGUGCACCAUACAAUAUUAUUUAAGUAUUCACACUACUAAAUUUAAGCAGGUAGAAAUCGAUACUCGAACAUUUUUCAAAGGUUAUAUAGAGGGAAGAACAUACAGAAAUCUCUGGCCAGAGAUGCUUAAGCUAAAAGACUGGCCCCCCUCUGAUAAAUUUGAAGAUCUUUUGCCUCGCCAUUGUGACGAGUUUAUUCGCUCCUUGCCAUUUCAAGAGUACAGCGAUCCUCGGACUGGAAUUCUCAAUCUUGCUGUGAAGUUGCCAGACCAUGUCCUAAAACCUGACAUGGGUCCGAAAACAUAUAUUGCCUAUGGGAUUAAAGAAGAGCUUGGUAGAGGAGACUCUGUAACAAAGCUUCAUUGUGAUAUGUCAGACGCGGUGAAUAUUUUGACCCAUACAGCAGAAGUGAUGUUAACUGACGAGCAGCAAUUAAUUAUUUCUAAGUUGAAAGAAGCACACAAGAUACAAGAUGAGAGAGAACAGUGUGCUGAAGGAAGGGUUACUGACAGCCCGAAUAGCCGACCUCUCAAAGACAACGAAGUACGGAUAGGAAAUAAGGUAGUUUUAGAAUUCAAAGACAGAGAGAAGCGCCCUAUUGAAAUUAAUGGAAGGAUCUUUCCAAAUGAUGUACCUGAGGGGGUCACUUCUGCUACAGAGAUUGAAUCAAUGGAAACAGGCAGUGCUCUAUGGGAUAUCUUUCCGAGGGAAGAUUCUGAGAAGUUAGAAACAUAUCUUAGGAAACACUCAAAAGAAUUCAGACAUACUUAUUGUUCUCCUAUUGAACAGGUUGUACAUCCAAUUCAUGACCAAUGUUUUUAUUUGACAUCGGAGCACAAGAAGAAGCUGAAGGAGGAGUUCGGUGUAGAACCGUGGAGUUUUGAGCAAAAACUUGGGGAGGCAGUAUUUAUUCCUGCUGGAUGUCCACAUCAAGUCAGGAAUCUCAAGUCAUGCACAAAAGUUGCUGUAGAUUUUGUGUCCCCCGAAAAUAUCCACGAGUGUCUGCGUUUAACUAAUGAGUUCCGCCAGCUUCCCAAGAACCACAGGGCUAGAGAAGAUAAGCUUGAGAUAAAGAAGAUGAUAGUUUAUGCCAUUGAUGAAGCUGUCACAGACUUACAAGCUUUACUGAAGUGUUCUUGA